UCCUCCAGCCCAGAGACCACGCCCACCCUGCUGCCGAAGCGUCACUCUCCCGGGUCACAUGACCAACUGGCUUGUCCUCUUGCCGGAGAGACAAGAUGGCUUCUUGCUGAUGUUGUCGGUGGUGACGGAUCGGAGAGUCGCCCGUGUACCCGGUUACGUUUGAUUCCAGACCCAACCACUGACCAUGGCGAGCCUGGGGCCCCAGAACCUGUUAGCCUAUGUGGAAGAGGGCAACAUAGCUGCUUUGAAAACCCUCCUGGAAAAGUGCAAGGAUGUGGAUGAAAGAAAUGAGAAUGGGCAGACUGCCCUCAUGUUGGCAGCAGAACAGGGCAACCUGGAGAUGGUUCAGGAGCUGCUUCAAAAAAGAGCCAACUGCAACCUGGAGGAUGUGGAUAACUGGACUGCUCUCAUUUCUGCAGCCAAGGAAGGACAUGUGGAGAUUGUCAAGGAACUGCUGGACUGCAAUGCCAACCUGGAGCAUCGUGACAUGGGUGGAUGGACUGCUCUUAUGUGGGCUUCUUACAAAGGGUGCACCGAGGUUGUGGAGCUGCUUCUCGCCAAAGGAGCUAACCCACACAUAACUGGCCUGCAAUACAGCGUGUAUCCGAUUAUUUGGGCGGCUGGGAGAGGUCACUCUGAGAUUGUCAAGCUACUGUUACAGUACGGAGCCAAAGUCAACUGUUCAGACAAGUAUGGAACUACCGCUCUCAUCUGGGCUGCAAGAAAAGGUCACUUUGAGUGUGUGAAGUCUCUGCUGCAGAUGGGCGCUGAUGUUGACCAAGAGGGAGCUAAUUCUAUGACUGCUCUUAUUGUAGCAGUGAAAGGCGGAUAUACGGACUCCGUAAAGGAAAUUCUGAAGAGGAACCCAAAUGUGAAUUUGACCGAUAAAGAUGGGAACACAGCCCUAGCUAUUGCAGCUAAAGAGGGUCACACAGAGAUCGUGCAAGAUUUGCUGGAUGCCGGUACCUACGUCAAUAUCCCUGAUCGGAAUGGAGACACGGUGCUGAUCGGGGCCGUCCGCGGUGGUCACGUAGAGAUUGUCCGCGCCUUGCUGCAUAAGUAUGCUGAUAUAGACAUCAGAGGACAGGAUAACAAAACUGCUUUGUACUGGGCUGUGGAGAAGGGAAAUGCAACUAUGGUUCGUGACAUUCUACAAUGCAACCCGGACACGGAAAUCUCCACUAAGGAUGGAGAAACACCGCUGAUCAAGGCAACGAAGAUGAGAAGUAUAGAAGUGGUGGAGCUCCUGCUUGACAAAGGGGCAAAGGUUUCUGCAGUCGACAAGAAAGGGGACACUCCUCUUCAUAUCGCGAUCAGAGGAAGAAGCCGUAAACUUGCAGAACUGCUGCUGAGGAACCCGAAAGAUGGGCGAUUACUGUACAGGCCCAACAAAGCUGGAGAGACCCCGUACAACAUAGACUGCAGCCACCAGAAGAGUAUUCUUACCCAGAUAUUUGGAGCCAGGCAUCUUUCUCCGACUGAGUCUGAUGGUGAUAUGCUGGGGUAUGACUUAUACAGUAGUGCCCUGGCGGAUAUACUCAGCGAGCCUACAAUGCAGCCCCCAAUCUGCGUUGGACUUUAUGCUCAGUGGGGGAGUGGAAAGUCCUUUUUGCUUAAAAAGCUGGAAGAUGAGAUGAAGACCUUUGCUGGCCAGCAGAUUGAGCCGCUCUUCCAGUUCUCGUGGCUUAUCGUCUUCUUGAUCCUUAUGAUGUGCAGCACUAUCGGUUUGCUUCUGUCAUUCACGGUGGAUGCCAAACUGGGGAUAUCUGUGUCCCUCAGCCUGCUGGCCAUUCUCUACAUAUUCUUCACUGUGGUGUAUUUUGGGGGACGGCGAGAAGGAGAGAAUUGGAACUGGGCCUGGGUGCUGAGUACGAGGUUGGCCCGACAUAUUGGCUACCUGGAAUUGCUGUUGAAACUGAUGUUUGUAAAUCCUCCUGAACUUCCAGAACAGACCACCAAGGCACUGCCAGUAAGGUUCCUGUUUACAGACUACAAUAGAUUAUCCAGUGUUGGGGGAGAGACCUCCAUGGCAGAAAUGAUAGCCACGCUGUCCGACGCUUGUGAGAGAGAAUUUGGUUUUCUUGCAACACGACUCUUCCGAGUGUUCAAAACUGAAGAAGCCCCAGGCAAAAUGAAAUGGAAGAAGACAUGUUGCCUCCCUUCAUUUGUAAUCUUUAUCUUUAUAAUGGCCUGCAUCUUUUCUGGCGUCAUCUUGCUGGCUAUCUUCAAAGUGGAUCCUAAGAAUAUGACGGUGAACGCUAUCCUUAUAGCUGUGGCCUGUGUGGUCGGCUUGGUGUUAAUUCUGAAUUGUGUGACCUGGUGGCAGGUGAUGGAUUCUAUCCUGAACUCUCAGAGGAAGCGUCUACAUAGUGCGGCCUCCAGACUGCACAGGCUGAAGAGUGAGGGCUUCAUGAAGGUUUUGAAGUGUGAAGUGGAACUGAUGGCUAAAAUGGCAAAGACCAUCGACAGCUUUACCCAGAACCAGACGAGGCUGGUUGUGAUCAUUGACGGCCUGGACGCCUGCGAGCAGGACAAGGUUCUACACAUGCUGGACACGGUGCGGAUCCUUUUUUCAAAGGGUCCUUUCAUCGCUAUCUUUGCUAGUGACCCCCACAUUAUCAUCAAAGCCAUCAACCAGAAUCUCAAUAGUGUUCUUAGAGACUCCAACAUUAACGGACACGAUUACAUGCGCAAUAUAGUGCACCUUCCCGUCUUCCUGAACAGCCGCGGACUGAGCUGUGCCAAAAAGAUGUGUUUGAUGACCGCUACCAAUGGAGACGUGCCGGGGGUAGAUAAUGGAGGAGGCCAUGAAGAUACGGAUCGUCGAGUCUCUCAGCACAGCCUCGCCGAGACCGCAAAACUUGGCAGCAAAACAGCCUUGAACAGACGGGAUACAUACAGAAGGCGGCAGAUGCAGCGCACCAUCACCCGUCAGAUGUCAUUUGACCUCACCAAACUGCUGGUGACAGAAGACUGGUUCAGUGACAUCAGUCCUCAGACUAUGAGGAGAUUGCUAAACAUUGUUUCAGUAACAGGAAGGUUAUUAAGAGCCAAUCAGAUUACUUUUAAUUGGGACAGAUUGGCAUCAUGGAUUAACCUUACAGAGCAGUGGCCGUACAGAACGUCAUGGCUGAUCCUGUACCUGGAGGAGACCGAGGCCAUCCAUGAUCAAACCACAUUGAAAACUAUAUAUGAGAGAAUUUCCAAAAAUAUUCCUACCACAAAGGACGUGGAGCCCUUAUUGGAAAUAGAUGGUGACAUAAGGAGUUUCGAAGUGUUCCUGUCAUCCAGGACGCCAGUCCUCGUGGCGCGAGAUGUGAAGACUUUCUUACCCUGUACAGUAAACUUAGAUCCGAAACUCCGUGAAAUAAUUGCAGACGUGCGAGCUGCCCGAGACCAGAUGAAUAUCGGAGGCUUCCCUUAUCCCACGUUACCAUUGCAGGAUGCGCCACACAGGGCAACCUCUGUGUUCAGCCAGCCACCCUCCGUCUGCUCCUCCUCCUCAUUCAAUGGACCUUUCCCGGGUGGGGUCGUGUCUCCCCAACCACCCAGCAGUUAUUAUAGUGGUAUGACCGGUCCUCAGCACCCAUUCUAUAACCGGCCAUUCUUUGCACCUCAUGUUUACCUGCCAAAGUAUUACUUUGGUAACCCCCAACAUCCCAUGUCACGUCCACCUGUAAAACACAGUGUAUCCAGAGAUCAGACCACUGGCCUUGACAUAAUUGAAGAAGAUUCAGCCGAGACGCUGUCUACUCCCACACACUCCCCUCUGGUUGCAGGCAGCAAUGUUGUCGGACCGCACAGUUCUGCUCUGGGAUCCAUGAACGUCGAUACGGUGUGUGAAAAACUCAAGCAGAUUGAAGGCAUUGACCAGAGCAUGUUGGCCCAGUACACUGCGACCAUCCGCAAGGCAAACAUUAAUGGACGCGUCCUGGCACAGUGCAGCAUGGAUGAGCUGAAGAAGGAGAUGAACAUGAACUUUGGGGACUGGCACCUAUUUAAGAGCGUGGUCCAAGACAUGAGAAACUCCGAAAUGCAGCAGAUACAUCCUGACGAAGCCCGAAUGCCGGAACCGGUCAGAAACGUAGGGGGUCACAGCGACGUGAGCCGCCGUCCAGUGCCAAAUCCAGACUUGCCUCACACCGACCUCGCUAACCAGAACUAUGAUUUUGGCUUCAGUUUUGAGGAACUUAACACGCUUGGUUUUGAAGAGGCUCCCCGAGUUAACGCCAUGAGCUGGCAGCCGGGAAGGGCACCCAGGACCCCAAGUUUAUCCAGUCUUAAUUCCCAAGAGUCCAGCAAUGAUAUAUCGAGGCUGACCGACAAAGUUCAGGCAGAAUACAGAGAUGCUUAUAGAGAGUACAUCGCUCAGAUGGCUCAAAUAGAAGGGGGAAUGGGAUCGAGUACAAUAAGUGGCAGAUCUUCCCCAUUGAGCUCCAGUGCCUACUACAUUGGGCAGAGUACAUCUGUCAGCUCCUUGCAUUCUUCCAUGGAGCAGGAGAAAGGGAAGGAAACUGAACAGAAGCAAGAAGAUGGAAGGAAGAAUUUCUUGAAGAGAAAUGACGUAGCUGAUUAUACAUCCUCAACAGUGUCCACUACAGAUGUUUCUCCCUUGGACCCAAUUACUGAAGAAGAUGAGAAGUCCGAUCAGUCUGGUUCCAAACUGCUUCCUGGUAAGAAGAGUGCAGAGAGAUCAAGCCUCUUCCAAGCACCAGAUAUAAAGCUUAAAGGAAGUGGUAUGCGCUAUCAGAAGCUCCCGAGUGAUGAAGACGAAUCCGGGCCGGAGGAAUCCGAUAACACUCCUCUUCUUAAAGAUGGCAAAGACAAAAAAACAGAUUCCGCUACAGAGAAGAAGGUGACCGAUCAUGCAGCAGAUCCUGCGAGAUCAUUCAUCAAGGCCAAGGAAUAUCUGUCUGACGCUAUCCUCGAUAAGAAAGAUUCUUCUGACUCUGGCGUCAGGUCCAAUGAAAGUUCACCCAACCAUUCUCUCAACAAUGAGGGUACGGAUGAUUCCCAACUGGAAAAGGCCAACCUCAUAGAGCUUGAGGAUGACCGCAUGCGAAGUAAGCGGGGAAUACCCAAUAGUCUGAGCGGCCUUCAGGACCCCUCUAUAGCACGCAUGUCAAUCUGCUCUGAAGGCAAGAAAAGCCCAUCAGAGAGCAGUCUUAUAGCCAGCAGUCCUGAGGAGAACUGGCCACCAUGCCAAAAGGGCUUCAAUCUCAACCGCACUCCCAGCACCGUGACCCUCAACAAUAACACCGGAAAUCAAAACUUUGAUGCAACGGCAGAAGCAAAAGAAGAGUCUCCAAUAAUUGUGGUCCCAGGGUCCAGCCCAGUACACAAUGAAAACCUGAAGCGCACGACCCACAAGAGAGGACAACGUGCAGGGUACAGCCGACUGGCUAAAGACGCGUCAGAGCUGCAGACAGUGACCUCCUCUGACACCGUUGGCUUUGCCGAAGAGCGAGAGAGUAUCCUUUAAACGCAGUCUCCAUCUGUUCAGCCUGUUCAUGUGCUCAUUCCAUCCUUUUCAGCAUCCCUUUUCAUCAUUCGCCCCAAAAAAGUCUCCUACAGAUUGUGGUCCUUAACAUUAUUUCCUUAAAAUGACCUGGAAAAUAUUUAAGUGCAAAAUCCAGCAAGUAACUUAGUAAAGAGCACAGAAUCCCAUCCUCAUCGGCCGUAGUCCCAACACUGCUAUUGUUUUCUCGUGAAAAGAGAAGAUCUGGCCUCUGAUCAUGUGUUACUUAAAGGGACACUGUCACUUUAUCAUCCUUUACUCUUCCACAUUGGGGUAUUCAUUCACCGUAUUUGUGAUUUGUCUUCAUGAAAUCCAUUAGCUCGCUGUAUUAUGUUGGUUGGUUGAUAUGGGGGGGGGGGGGCAGAAUGGAGGGUGGAGUGGUGGUAUUGGCAACUCUAACCAGGACUACUACUUGGACUAGGCUCUUGUCAGCUUCUCUGAUGGUGGAAUGGGACGUUGUCAUCAGAUGCAAAUGUUAUAAGGAUACCUGGGGCCAUUGAGGGCAUUGCCUAUAGAUCAUCAUAUCCAUAUAGUAUAAAACGGAGCAUUAACAAAGGGCAUUUGAUCCCAUUUGGACAACAGUCCAUACAAUUAACAUAAAUAUGUUGUAAACACGAUGCAAGUAUAGGGGCAAACUUAUUAUUUAAUUGAUGCUGUCCCUUUAAGACUGAGAAGUUUUGUGCUCUGUUAUGUUUUAUUAUUGCAUCACAUUCACAUAGAAGAAGCUUUAAAGAUACAGUAGAUACGCUGUGUAUAUGACCAUAUUGCAGCGUCUGCAUAGUUUAGGAUAGGUUCACAAUUGAAUCAGAUUUUCCAUUCAGGGUGCCCAUCGCAGAUUCUGUUCAGCAGUAGAAAGUUUCGCUUUAAAGGGGUAUUCCGGCCAAAUACAUCUUAUCCCCUAUCCAAAGCAUAAGAUGUCUGAUCGCAGGGGGGCCCGCUACUGGAAACACCCCCCCCCCACGAUCUCUGUGCAGCACCCGCGGGGCCGCAUCUCCAGUCUCGGAAACCUCUUUUUCCGGGACUGGAGAAGUGACGUCACGCCACCCCCCUCGUGAUGCCACGCCACGCCCCCUCCAUUCAUGUCUAUGGGAGGGGGCGUGACGGCCGUCACGCCCCCUCCCAUAGACAUGAAUGGAGGGGGCGUGGCGUGAUAUCACGGGGGUGGCAUGACGUCACGUCUCCAGUCCUGUAAACUAAGAGGUUUUCGAGACUGGAGACUCAUACCAGCAGCGGGCCCCCGAGAUCAGACAUCUUAUCCCCUAUCCUUUUGUAUAGGGGAUAAGAUGUAUUUGAAUACCCCUUUAAGGGAGCACAAUGGACCCCACUGACUUUAAUGGUGUCCCUCAUUUCACUGGGUUAUAACUGGACCAUAAAAUACUGAAUUCUUGUUCCUUGUAGAAGUCUCCACAGACAGGUACAUUAAUAGAGCUGAUGGUUUUACUGAACACAUAGGACAUUGGCUGAAUGGCCGUCUAGGCGUCAUACAGGACACUGUAAAUUGUUAUACAUAUGGGCCCCCACUGUGACUACAUAUGUCUCUGGUUCAUAUGAAAUCUAACAAAAUAAACAACCAAGACUAUAGUAUGAUAAUAUGGACAAAACAAGUGGGCAGAACACCCCAUGACCUAAAACAAUGGACUCUAAGCUGUAGCUCUCCAGCAGUAGCGGGACUACAACUCUCAGCAUUUUGGGAGAUAGCUGAAUAGCUUCAGGUUGGAAGAACUCUGUCCUAUGGCAUAGGGAUACUAUUCCCCAGUCAAUAUAUUGUGUAAGGCACAAACUGUUGGAAAUAUACACAGUAAAGCCUCAAACUUGUGUCAAAUGCACCAGGAUGUGAAGAAUUCUACAAGCCCACCUCAGUGAUCCAACCCUCCAUUUUGUCAUUCUUCUUCAUUAAUAUGUGGUGUGUUUUCCCUUGUUUCUAAAUAUUUUCCAGGGUCAAUGGUAUUGGUUAUUCCUCACAUGUAGUCUGUAACUGUAUUGAGUCUCUGUGCCAUAACAGUAGUGAGUGUACCCUCCGUGAAGUGUUUGUGAUGCCCUUGUACUAUAGAGUCUGUACCCUACUGCAUGUUCUAGAUGAGUUGAGAAUCUGACCACCAUCAAAUGACAAGUCAUUGAUACUAUAGCCCAGAUGUAUCAAAUUGUGUGAGAGAAAAAAUGGAGGGAUUUUCCCACAACAACCAAUCACAGCUCAGCUUUCACUUUACCUCAGCUCGUUAGCUGAACUGUGAUUGGUUGCUGUGGGAAAAUCCCUCCAUUUUUUUUUCUCUCACACAGUUUGAUAAAUCUGGGCCUAUAUCUUUUUCUUGGGUUAUGGUCCUCUAGUCAGUAUCACUGUGUGUUGCGCUCCUCUUUGGAUGUGAUGCACAUUAAAUACAUAUAUAAACAAUUGACAAAAUAUUGCCAAAGUUUUCUUAAGGUGCCAAUUGAUAUUAAAUGAUUCUUCAUGGGUGCCCGAUCAGGACAUCUAUUCUUUUUUUCCUCAAUAAUGGGACUAAAAUCUAUAAGAUGUGGAAACGUGUCAUAGGGCAAUGUAGUCUCCUCCCCACUAGGAUGUGUUCCCAUUUUUGAUGGCUAAAAACCUACAGGGCCAAAGAAGGUCUUAAAGGAAAUCUGUCAGUAGUAUCAACCGCACUUAACCUAUUAGACAGGGUUUACAUCACGUUUUAGGCAAUACAGGUCCGCAUAUGGCUGGGGAAAGCUAAAACCGGGCGCUCCCAUAUCCCUGCCGUAUGUGGCCCAUAUGUAAUGUAUUUCAAUAAGCCGAUCUGAGUAAACGCGGACUCUGGGCGGCUAAUUUUUUAAGGUCCGAUGGGAAAACUGCAUACAGGGCAAAAAUGAGCCGAACGGAGUCAGCGUUUCACUACAGUCGGCUCAUUGAGAUACAUUACAUACGGCAGGGAUACGGGAGCGCCCGGUUUUAGCUCUCCCCAGCCGGUCCCGUAUUGCCUAAAACAUGAUGUGAACUCAGCCUUACAGAGGCUUGUAGUGCGGGUGAUGCUGAUUAAAAUUGUACUCACAUUGGGGGAGAUUUAUCAAAACCUGUGCAGAGAAAAUGUUGUCCAGUUGCCCAUAGCAACCAAUUGGAUCGCAUCUUUCAUUUUUCACAGGACUUUUCAAAAAUGAAAGAAACGUUCUGAUUGGUUGCUAUGGGCAACUCAGCAACUUUUCCUCUAGACAGGUUUUGAUAAAUCUCCCCCAUUGUGUAGAUUCGCCCAGCUGUUUUUACUAUAUAUGCUAAUUAGGGCCUUGGGGCAUGGGGGCGGAGCUCCGAUCCAAGCUUCAGACACCCUGACGUCAUCUUCACCGGGUGGCCACUGCGCCCGGUGAUGUAAAGUAUUUUCCAAUCUGUGAAAAAUGCCAUACGCAUGCGCGAGUCUACGCUAUUUGCAUAGACCUAACGUACACUACACUAAUCGCGCAUACGUAUGUUUUCCACAGAUUGUAAAAAAAACUUUAUGGCGUUUUUCUACGCUGAUAACAAGCAGGUAACGCACUGCGCAGGCGUGAUCCUACGCUAGAACUACUGCGCAUACGCAACAUUAAGCAAUUAGCGUAGCGUACGCUAAUGGCGUAAACUCGCGCAUGCGUAUGGCGUUUUUCACACAUUGGACAAUACUUAACAUCACCGGCUCAUCGAUAUUCAUAAACCCACUCCCUGCUCCUUCGGCUGUGUUUAUAGUACUGCGCAUGCGCCGCUUACUGUGUCCUCCCGGAAGCGGCGUUCCCCCCGGCUUCACAGCUGCAGACGUCGUUGCACAGUAAUCUGUGCAUGCGCAGUACUAUAACACAGCCGAAGGAGCAGGGAGAGGUUUUAUGAAUAUUGAUGAGCCGGGCGCAGCGGCCACCCGGGGGAAGAUGACGUCAGGGUCCCUGAAGCCAAGAUGACGUCAAGGUGCCUGAAGCUCGGAUCCUAGCUCCGCCCAUGCCCCAAGGCCCUCAUUAGCAUAUAUAGAAAAAACACAAUUUGUGGCAGAACGGCUGGGCGAAUCUACACAAUGUGAGUACCGUUUUAAUCAGCAUCACCCGCACUACAAGCCUGUGUAACAGUUUAAGUGCGGGUGAUACUACUGACAGAUUUCCUUUUAACAUAUUGACAGCCAUCAAUGGUUACCUUUUAGUUUGUGUAGAGCAGUAUUUCCCAACCAGUGUGCCUCCAGCUGUUGCGAAACUACAACUCCCAGCAUGCCCGGACAGCCAAAGGCUGUCCGGGCAUGCUGGGAGUUGUAGUUUUGCAACAGCUGGAGGCGCACUGGUUGGGAAAUACUGGUGUAGAGGAAUGCAGACAGUCUGUCCAGAUCUUGUCUCACAGGGCCAGCUUCUACCACGACUCUUUAGAUGCAUGCAGCAAAACAUUAGGGGGGAGAUUUAUCAAAAUCUGUGCAAAGAAAAAGUUGUCCAGUUGCCCAUAGCAACCAAUCAGCUCGCUUCUUUCAUUUUUAACAAGGCCUCUGCAAAAUGAAAGAAGGGAUCUGAUUGGUUGCUAUGGGCAACUGGCCAACUUUUCCUUUGCACAGGUUUUGAUAAAUCUCCCCCUAGAUGUUUAACAUUCGGUAUCACUGUCUAUUGGUCAUUGCUUGCUAUGGUGUUAUAUCGAUGUUCAAUGCUCCUGUGAUGCAGUAUCUGUGAGGAUUCGCCGGACACCCCAUGGUCAAUGAUACGUGGUUUACCAGACAAGCGGGCGUUGUGUAGACGUGUCCUGGAAAUGUCUUCUAUUAUUUAGUGACCUUUAUAAAUGCACGAAACAUUACACAUGGCGUACAGGAUUAGAACGGCCGUAAGUUCAUUUCCUAAAUUCUACGUGUAGUUAGUCCUGGGCCGGCUCUGUCAAGUCCCCUAAGAUACCAUAAGGGCAGUAUGAUAUAGAGGGGGAUAUUCUGAAUUUUUGGAUAUAUAGUCUAUGGUCUGAUGAUUUGGUUUAGCAUUUUCAUGUAAAACGAGUCCCGCCUUCCCACCCCACUUUCUUUUUGAGUUUCGGUUUAGGAAAAGCUAUCGGCCCCUGUUUGGCGGGGGAUGCAGGACUCACAGCUUUAUCUAGAAUAAUGGUUCUUGAACUGUGGCUCUCAAGCUGUUUCAAAACUACAACGUCCAGCAUGCCGUAGGGCCAAAGGUUGCGGUUCCUGAAUACUAAAUUAAAUAAUCGGAAACCAUGUAUCCCCCAAGGUCUUCGUCGCCCCUGUUAGUUCUAUGCUGAACUCGGAUAUACAGAGCCACAUUUAUGUCUCCAUCAGUUUUGCUAAAAAAUUCUAAAUCUCAGAAAAUGUUCCUGGCCUGAUGACACGAUAGUCAAGUGACCUCAUCGUACAAAUGAUCUAGUGCCAUAAAAGUACAAUGCAAUUGACAUGGCUCCGGCUGACAUCACUAUAUAAUAUUCUUCUGCAAGUGGUGUUUGUGUUCAGAAUCCCAGACCCCAAACCCUUUAAGCAGAGAGAAGACUGGCUGCUGCUUGGUACCACGUUCCCUCUGUUAUACUGCAUCACGUCCAUAGGGGACACUGGCUGUCUUUGGAGCUUGCAUGGCAGUAUUGUAAACUCUCUAUCAAAGUGAUGUAAAUGGUUUGAUGUUGUGAAAACUGAAAAUAAACAUCUGACUCGCAUUGAUAUAA